AUGCGGAUGAUCUCCCGGAGGAGGGCACAGACCCCAAACGGUGAAAACAGCUCAAGAGGCCUGAGUGCCAUGCCAGAGGGGUCCCAUUCUGCUCUCCACCAGGGCCCAAUGGGGGAAGAAUCCACUCAGUUGUCCUCGCCUCUCCUCACCAGUAAUCAUGACCAGGCAAACAUGGACUUGGGGCCAGACUAUUACAGCCGACUUUGUGCGGAGCCACUGGAUGGAGAGGGUGAACGUCCAGUGAGCCUGGUGUCAACCCUGUCCUCUGACUCAUCCCGUGACAGUCGCAGCCUCUUCGGAAGCACCAUCGCAAUACCUUCCUCCACCACCCCACCCAUACCGUGCGGGGAGGACAUAGACUUGGAGCUCAGCCCAGCCAAAGGUAACGGCCAACAGGCUGGAGACCAGAGUCCCACCCUCAUAAGCUCCAGGGGUCGCUGGCAGGAACAGCUGGAGCCCCGGGUGAUCAGCAACCAGUGGAACAACAACAACGCUGCCUCCAACAGGAAGGUGAGCGCUGAAAUACCUCACAUCACUGCCUCGCCUGUCGUCACGGACGCCAUGGCGCCCAACCCGAAACUGACCUACGUGGACCGUGUGGUCAUGGAGAUCAUUGAGUCAGAACGCAUGUACGUCAAGGACCUGCGCAGCAUUGUGGAGGACUAUUUGGCUCACAUCAUCGACAUGAGCAACCUUCCCAUACGACCAGAGCAAGUGUGUGCCCUGUUUGGGAACAUAGAGGACAUCUAUGAGUUCAACAGUGAACUGCUGCAGUCUUUGGAUAUGUGUGAGAACGACCCUGUGGCCAUAGCUAGAUGCUUUGUAGAUAAGAGUGAAUACUUUGAAAUUUAUACCCAGUAUUGCACCAACUAUCCCAACUCUGUGGCAGCACUGACUGACUGCAUGAGGAGUAAAACCUUAGCCAAGUUCUUCAGGGAUCGACAAGCUGCUCUGAGGCGCUCACUCCCUUUGGGCUCCUUCCUGCUCAAGCCAGUUCAGAGGAUCCUGAAAUACCAUCUGCUGCUGCAGGAAAUUGUGAAACACUUUGACCCAGACGAGGAGGGCUAUGAGGUGGUUCAGGAGGCCAUCGACACCAUGACCGGAGUGGCCUGGUACAUCAAUGAUAUGAAGAGGAAACAUGAACAUGCUGUCAGAGUGCAGGAGAUACAGUCUCUUCUGAUCAACUGGAAGGGUCCUGACCUGACCACCUAUGGAGAGCUGGUGCUGGAGGGCACGUUUCAUGUGCUGAGGGCGAAGAACACCCGCACACUCUUCCUUUUCGAAAAGAUGCUCCUCAUUACCAAGAAACGAGGGGAACACUAUGUCUAUAAGACCCACAUCUUGUGCUCCACCCUAAUGCUACUUGACAGUGCCAAGGAUCCCCUGCUCUUCAGUGUCAUCCAUUUCAAGCAUCCUAAGCAGCCACAUACAGUGCAGGCCAAGUCAGUAGAGGAGAAGCGUCUCUGGGCUCAUCACAUUAAGAGGCUCAUUCUUGAGAACCACAACACCAUCAUCCCCCAAAAGGCAAAAGAUGCCAUCCUGGACAACUCAAACUAUCUAGGAAAGUACCAAUACAGCCCUGAGAGGCUGAAUAAAGCAGAGUCCUGCCAGGUGGAAGACUUUCAUCACGAUGGACGAAAGGGGCGAAGGAGAUCAGAGCCUGCAAAACAAAUCACAAGGAGCACAAAAGCUGUGCUGAAGCAUGCAGACAGUGAGGGUGCACUGCUGGGGGAUAGGAACUCCCUUCAGCCAGCCACUAGUGUCAGUACGCUGGCCUCCAGUCUCGGCGAGCCUCAGGCUGAGAGGCCAUGUGUGGACGAUCUGAUCCCCAGAAGGGACUCUCUGGAGCAGCUAAGUCCCACUGACAGUGGCCUGAAACUGGGCUCUUCACGCAGUGAGGGGGGUCUGGAGCUGCAGAAGGCAGAGGAGGAUGAGGAGGAGGGGGAGAGUUACAAGGAAGAUAUACUUAUGGGAGAUGACCAGGUAGCCGACUUUGCCAACUCAGUGCUGGCAGCCAUCUCCUGCUGGCACUUUAGAGCCAGGGCUUUGCUUUCUACUCACUUCACAACGGACGAUCACGACAGAUUUGUGACUGAAGUGAAAGCUGAGACAGAAACUGAAAGGCAGGAGGAGGAAAACGUGGACGAGGCGAUGAAAGAAGCCCUCACUACACAGGUCAACAUGGAGGAGUUUUGCCCUCAAGACUGUGCCCCUCAAGAGAAGAGGAGGGAUCAGCCAGAGGUGCAGCACUCUCAGUGUCCCGAAUCUCCUGCGUGCCCCCCUCAAAAAGACAAUGACACCCUAGAAACUCAGGAUACUUCAGGAGAAACCGGAGAGGAAGAAGAAGGAGGAAGCGAUUCCUCUGGUCUCCAAGUGGAGGAGACAAGUGUACUGACAAACGGGGAGCUCUCAGAGGAGGAGGAGGACGUGUUGGACCGUAAAAGCAUCCUUCCCUCAUCUGUGUUGGACCAGGCGAGCGUGAUAGCCGAGCGAUUCAUCCGCAGCUUGUCCAGACGAAGCAGCCUGGUGUCAGAGGACCUGGGUUCCCUCGCCUGUCCCUCACCUCCAGCAGAAAACGACGUCUUCCAAAGCCCCUCUGCCUGCAUGGACUUGGAGGAACGGACGCAAAUGUUGGAGAGCUCAACCCUGGAGCCUCAUGCGACCUCAGAGGUCAAUCUGUUGACGCCUGCACAUAACCCUGCACUGGACAUCCUCAUCGAAGGAGAACGGAGAUCCACACUUUCCAAACAAGAUCGUCUCCUCAUCCACAAGAUCAGGAGGUACUAUGAGCACGCAGAGGACCAGGAUGCUAACUUCAGCAUCAAGCGCCGGGAAAGUCUCUCCUACAUCCCUGCAGGUCUGGUUCAACACCUGAGCCGACAGCUGAACAGUAUUCCUCAGGAGCAGGCCGUCCCAGUGCACAGAAAGGGCCUCUCUCGGAACCGACCCACUUCCUGGUCUGUGUUCGACCUUCCUGGAUUAGAAAAGAGUCGAAACACUGAAACUCGUCAGAAAACCGAACCGCAGAGAGCAGCGGAGGCCAUGGCGAGACCUCAGUGCAUCAGUGAAGCCUCAACCACAGAGGAAGAAGAGUUCAGAAGCUCAGAAGAAAUGAUCAAGGUUUGGCAGGACAUGGAAAUGGAGGAGGAGAACCAGGACGUCCAGCAGAUAGAAGAGGAGAACGUUAAUGACUUGAGAUUAGAAGAAACACAGAAUACAAGCUUAGACACUUCAGAUGUUAAAAGCAGCGAACAAGCGCCUCAGAUUUUAGAAGAGUCUGAAACAUGCACUGCCUCAGUCGCAUCACCCACCACAACCUCUCCACCGACAGAGGGACGAUCUACACCGAGUAAAACUGCUCUAUCGCAAGAGAAGAACCACUUCAACCACAACCAGCUGCCGAAGAUCAUCAGCUUCCGAGCCAGUCUGGAUGAGGACCAGAUCCUGCACGACAUGGGAAAGAUGAAAAACAAGGUGUUCCAGCUGGCUCGUCAGUACAGCCAACGCAUCAAAAACAACAGACCUAUCGCGUGGCAGAGGAACCGAGAAACAGCCGAUCAACAGGGCUUGAAGAGCGUGUCUGCUGUCCACGAGGAGAAGGUGCAGCUGAGGAAAAAGGGUAAAUAGGAAGCAGUGGAUUGCUUUCUCUUGCAGUAACAUAUCAUUUAAAACUGAUUC